AUGCCAGGAAUCCUCCCUGAGCCAGAGGGACCUUCUACCAAGGUCCACGUUACUUCCGGAAGUCUCCCACCAUACAUCUCACCUUCAGAAGCCCCGACGAAAAAGGCUCCAUGGCGGACUGUUCGAAAUGUGGGAUUCGUCCAAACCGUGACGGCCACCUUACCAGAGGAGCUAUAUGAUAUCAUAUGGCGUGAGAUCGAGGCAUCUCUCGCAAUACACAAGUAUUCGAAAGUCAUCAUGAAACUCGAGGACGUGCUUCAGGGAGACUUUUUCAAUGGUUACAUCAAGAGAGGGAAUAUUCUCAUGCUCUCAGAGGGAGAGCCUGGCGUGGACGAAGUCUUCUCCCUUAGACAAGGAGUCCUACGCUUGGAACUGGCCCAGGAAGUCUACAAGCGUGCCGGUCUCCAGGGAGUCCCGAUACGAUCCGGAGGUCGCAAACAUGUGAAGUCAAGAUACGUGGUUGAAAACAACCUCCGGCUUCCGUCCAUGCUUCGGGGGAAAAAGGGCUUCGACAGACUCCUAUGGGCCGCGAAGAACGUCUUGAACCGAAGCCUCUGUUGGCUUUUCGUGGACCUGAGUCCGAACAAAGAGUCUGAAGAAGACCAACGACCGAUCAAUGCCCACCACCCAAACGUUCAGUCCUUAUCGCCUCUGAUACAAACCGUGCGAAACGUCCAAUUCCCAUUGACGCUCACCGCCCCGAUAUCCACAUUUCCAGGUCCCAGGCCGCCCGAAGAAAUACAGGAAUCGAUCCACGACCUCUUCGAAUUCAUCGAUAUGCUUGCGCUAGCAUCUCCACGUGUUCAGACGACAGAUAGCGUCGACUCGUUUAUCAGUGGCUACCGAGUCCCGGAUCCGCCGGAGUCGGAUAAGGGGUCCGCCCCGGUCUCAGGAACCCGCUCUGCGUCCGUCAAGGUUGUAACAUGGGCGGGCCUGUUGCCGGCACAGUGGACACUGGACAUCCUCUGUGCAAUCAUAAAACACUCACGCGCCAAAGACCUCUCCCGUCUCGAUCGGUCGGCCCAAUGGCUGGGCCUUACCGUUACCGCUCAUAAAGCUGAACCGGUUGGUCAAACGGACGGAUAUACAGUGCUCUUACGACCUGUAGCGGAGUCGAAACUUCUACCAGAUGCCAAGGGCGGCGAUGAUCCAGAAUCUCCCUUAGCCGACACCAAAGAUGGUGACGAUAUGGUCAUGAAAGACAGCACCGGUGAUCAUGAUACAGCCGAGGCCGAGUUCGAAGGGCAGCUAGACGGUGCCGGUGCCAAGGGACGGGACGUACAGAUGGCUGAUGACAUGUCUUCUGACAAAAAGGCCAUCAAGACAUGCGCUGGAUUCUACAGAUAUUUAUGCGCCGAAUACGUCGACAGUCUGACUUGA